AUGGGCUUCAAGUUUGGCAAGAGUGACGCUCGCGUCGAGACCGAGGCUGUGUCCUCUGGCGUCGACGUCCUCCCCGGGGAGUCUCACAAUGUCGAGUCUGAGCUCCGCAACUUCAGGAAGCAGCAUCGAUGGGAUCCCUUCCUUGACAUCGACAAGCUCGAUAACAUUGACGAGGCCUUGGCCUCGGGCAAUGUCGAGAAGGAGGCGGCCAUUGACGAGUCUCUCAUCCAGGAGGAUUCUCCUUAUCCGGAAGUCCGCGCUUCUGUACCCCCUACAGAUGAGGAAAUGCCGGUCGACACCAUCCGAGCUUGGGUUAUUGGUGCCGUCAUGUGCACGAUCGUGGCCGCCUGCAACAUCUUGCUCACCCUUCGUCGUGCUCCCAUCACUAUCACCUCUACCGUCGUGCAAUUGGUUUCCUACCCUAUUGGUUGCUUCUGGGCCCGCGUUAUGCCCAACUACACAUUCACCGUAUUCGGACACAAAUUCGAGCUCAACCCCGGUCCCUUCAACGUCAAGGAGCACACCAUCAUCACCAUGAUGACGGCUGCCGGAACGGCUGCUUCCUAUGCCAUCGACAUCCUGCUGGCCCAGGAGAUCUUCUACAGCCAGAAGCUCGGCUGGGGCUUCCAGAUUCUCCUAAUCCUGUCCACCCAAGCCAUGGGCUUCGGUGUUGCUGGCGUUGCUCGACGAUUCCUCGUCUGGCCCUCGUCCAUGGUCUGGCCCGCUGUGCUCAUCACCACCACCGUCAUGUACUCUCUGCACGACCACUCUGCGGCUGACCCCGCCAUGACGAACGGCUGGAAGAUUGGUCGGUACAGCUUCUUCCUCAUCGUCGCCGCUGCUACCUUUUGCUGGGAAUGGGUUCCUCAAGUCAUUGCUCAGUUCCUCCAGCUCUUCAUGUUUCCCGUGUGGUGUGCCCCAAAUAACGUCGUAAUCAACCAGGUCUUUGGGGGCAAUACUGGACUCGGUUUAUUGCCCAUCUCCUUUGAUUGGUCAAUUAUCUCGGGUUUCCUGCUCUCUCCUCUUCAGACUCCGGCUUUUGCCAUUGCCAACGUGGCGGCGGGCAUCUUUGUGAUGCUUCUGGGAAUCAUUGGCCUUGCCUAUGCUGGUCCCGAGUUCUACCGCUACCUCCCCCUGAGUGCCAACCAGAACUUCGACCACUACGCUCAGCCCUACAACACGAGCCGCAUCCUCAACCCCGACUAUACCGUUAACCUGACGGCCUAUAAGGAGUACUCUCCUAUUUUGCUGGGCCCUGCCUUCUCGCUGUCCUAUGGCAUGGGCUUUGCUGGUCUGAUCUCGACGAUUACUCACAUCGCCUUGUUUUAUGGCCCUGAUGUGUGGCGUCGAUCCAUCGACUCUCGAUCUGAGGAACCUGAUAUUCACAUGAAGCUCAUGAAGAAGUAUCGUGAAACACCGGAGUGGUGGUUCAUAAGCAUCUUCGCUGUAUCCUUUGGACUCGGCAUGGCUGCUUCGUUGGCAUGGCCAACGCAUCUUCCUGCUUGGGCUUUCGUUUUGUGUAUCCUCAUUGGUCUCUUCUUUUUUAUCCCCGUGGGCAUGGUUCAAGCCAUCACCAACCAGCAGACUGGUCUCAACAUCAUCACUGAGAUGAUUUUCGGCUAUAUGCUUCCGGGUCGCCCCGUUGCCAUGAUGCUGUUCAAGUCCUGGGGUUACAUGAUGACUUACAACGGUCUCACGUACGUGUCUGACAUGAAAGUUGGUCACUACAUGAAGAUUCCUCCCCGCAGCAUGUUUGGCGCUCAGGCGUUUGCUGUCAUCUGGCUCUCCAUUGUGCAGAUUGCGGCUUAUAACUUCUUGCUUGGCAACAUCGACGGCAUUUGCACCCCUGAACAGCCUCAGGGUCUUACUUGCCCCAACGCUCGUACCUUUUACAACGCCAGUGUUAUCUGGGGUGUGAUUGGUCCCAAGCUGGUGUUUGGAGCUGGUCAAUUGUACUCUUGGACCAACUGGUUCUGGCUGAUCGGUUUCCUGUGCCCAUUUAUCCAGUGGGUCCUUGCCCGCCGCUACCCUCGCUCCAUGCUCCGGUACAUUGUCUUCCCUGCGCUGUUUGGAGCUGCCGGCAUGAUCCCGCCGGCGACUACCUGGUAUCUCGCCCAGUGGUGCAUUGUCGGCCUCAUCUUCAACUGGUGGAUCCGAAGGCGCUGGCUCGGCUGGUGGACUCAGUACAACUAUGUCCUGUCUGGUGCUCUUGACAUCGGCACUGCUAUCUGCACUGUCCUUGUCGGGUUGGGCCUGGGUCUGGGCAAUGCUACCUUCCCUGACUGGUGGGGGAACACUGUGAUCAACAACAACUUGGAUGCCCAGGGCGCUGCCGUCUUGAGGGCUGCACCCACGAGUGGUCCGGGUAUUGGACCGACCUCCUGGUAA